UCUCUAAUAGCAGACAGCAAGAAAUAUUUUGUUUAUAAGUCAUCAGGUGAUCAAUAUUCUUGCUAUUUAAUGACAUAUGCAAGAAAUAUUUUGCUGAGAUCUUGAAAUAAAAUGGCUAAUGCCAAUGGUACUGAACAGUUUGGACACAGUUCUGUUGAUGGUUAUGGGUUUAAGUUAGAUGAAGAUGCAGAUUAUCAUACCUAUGAAGAGUUUAUGUCAGGGUAUAUUUAUGUAUUGGCAAGAAGAGCUUCACGAUGGAAAAAUGUUAUUGGUUCAGAUCAAGAAACACUUUCGAAGACAACUAAAGUAAAAAGAUUUUGUAGAAAAGGAAUUCCAACAGAACACAGACCAUCAGUAUGGAUGGGUUUAACCAAUGCAGAAUUAUAUUUACGUGAUAAUCCCAGAAUGUAUGAUAAACUGAUAAAUGAAAAAGCUGAUCCUAAAGUUGAAGAAUCCAUUAAACUUGAUAUACAUCGUACCUUUCCUGAUAAUAUAUAUUUUGCUGAUAUAACUGAUCCUCAAGCUAUGAGAUUACCAUUAAAACAUGUUCUAUCUGCUGUUGCUAUCAAAAAUUCAAGAGUUGGCUAUUGUCAGGGGUUAAAUUUUGUUGCUGGAUUAUUAUUAUUAGCUGUUAAAAACGAAGAGAAGGCAUUUUGGUUACUAGACACCCUGAUAAAUGACAUUCUGCCAGAUUUCUAUGCUCCUGAUAUGAUAGCUCUCAAAACAGAACAGGAAUUACUUGGUGAAGUUGUUAGAUGGAAGCUACCAGCUGUACAUGCACAUUUAGAAGUAUUAGGUGUACAGUGGAUGUUAAUUGGUAUGAAAUGGUUUAUAUGUUUAUAUGCUGAUGUUAUGCCAGUAGAGACAGUAUUAAGAAUAUGGGAUUGUUUGUUCCUGGAAGGACCUAAAAUAUUAUUGAGAGUUGCGCUGACUCUUAUUAAAUUAAAUAAAGACAAGAUAUUGGCCUGUAAAUCAUUUCCUGAUGCUGUUAAUUUAUUCCGAGAUCUUGUUAAAGAUCCUUCUACAUUACAAUGUCACAGUUUCCUUGAGAGUAUAUUUAAGGAAACUGGAAGUUUUCCUACAGCAAGAAUAAAGAAGAUGAGAGAAGAUUGUCACAAGAGAGUUCUGAGAAAUUCCUAAUUUCUCUACUACUGAUAUUUUUAUUGUUAUAUUUUGCAAGGAGUUGUUUACAUGCUGUAUUCCAUGGAAAUAUUUUGCUUAUGAUUGUCACAAUACACAUAUAUACAAUACAUUAGGUGAAAAGUAUCAUGUUGAUAGUGUUUAAGUGGUUACUGUCUCAUAUCAUUCAAUUAAACAUGUUCUAUUAUUGUGUUAGUCUUUAACUAUUGAUCACAAAUAGGACCAAAAUUUAAUAUUAGAUCAUGAAACUCAUUGUAACUAUUCAAUAAAUAUACUAGAUACUUGAUCAAACAAGUAAUUUCUUUAUGAUAUAUAUGGUUACUUGUUUGAGUCCUAAAAUCUAAUACCUUUUGAUAGAUAAAUAUUUAGAAAUGUAUAAUUGCUAAGCUGAAAUAAUAACCUAUGUCUAUUUCUUUGUUAACAUUCAUACUUUUCUAGUCAUUUUUACCUUCUUUCUACCUAUAUAAUGACCUAGUCUAUAUCCGCAUAUUGAUUAUUAUAUUAUUAUAUUAUUUAACAAGCAGUGACCCAUGCUCGAUUAAACUUGCUUCCAGCAAUACCAGUACUCAAAGGGACAAGUUUGCCAUCCAUCUGACCAAUUAUAUCUUAGUCUCAGAAUCAGGAAUUUUUUGCUCAAUUUACCAGUACUUGAUUUCACAGCUCACUGCCAAAAUUUGAACCUUUAAAUCCUAGUUAAUCUAGAAUUAUUGGUGUUUGAAAGUUAAAAAGACGUCUCAUCUUUUUUUGAGACUCUACCAU